AUGGCAGUUGAGAUCAGGUUCACUGUCGUUCUACUCACGGUGUUGAGAAUCGUGCCUGUUGGACAGAGCUCCAUGCUCGAUGGAAAUGGUUUCCUUGGAUCUGACGGUUGGAUGCCUGGUGAUUAUGGCGCUUUGGAGUCUUCCUGGAACCUCGAAGGCAACUGGUCUCCCGAUGGCACCCUCUUCGAUCCCCCAUGCGCUGAAGCAGCAGUGGGCACCAUGUACUAA